UUGUGCGUCACGUUGGUAAUGUGAUCAAUAAAUAUGUCUUCGGGUUGGGUAGUGAACAAAAAUCAAAAUUAUGUUUAAUUUUUGCAAGAUUUACUUUAUGGAAUUAUGUUGAUUACACAAGCGUUGACCCUAAGUGUGCUUCAUUUCGUACUGACAUCAGGUGCUGAAAUUCGGAAUAUUUCUGUGGAUUUGGGUCGCAACCUGUCCUUACCAUGUUCCUUACCGGAUGCAAAAAACAUAAUGUGGGUCCACGAAGGGAAGGAGGCUCGACAGGUCUCCCGCCUGCUGAUACAAGAUGACGGAUCGCUGUUCCUCAUGGAGGUUGACCGUAACGAUUCCGGCAUCUACACCUGCCUGCCCGCCAACUCGGACAGUCCCGACGUGAAGGCCAGCGUCGGAUUGAGGGUGCGAACGCCGCCGCCUUUGUUAUCGUUAUCGGUGCAUCCCUCGACGAUACUGGCCCUGGUUCUGUGGACCGUCGAGGAUACCGGCGGUUACCCGAUCAUCUGCUUCACCGCCCAGUACCGGCUGGCGAACUCCAGCGAGGAGUGGAAGCCCAUCUCGCCGAAUCGCAUCAGUCCGAAUUCCAGGCAGAUCGAGGUGUACAAGCUCGAACCGAACACCACGUAUGCCUUUCGGGUCUGGGGCAUUAAUCAGUUGGGCAAAGGAGAUGUUGCCGAGAUCGAGGGACGCACGCUGAUGAAUAAUCAGGAUUUAGAGCUGGCGAGGCAUUUCUUAGAGGGCGCCGAUAAGUUUGACACGCGUAUGUGGCUGGUUGCGGUCGGGGUUGUAAUGGGCACAUUAGUAGUUUUAGGCUUAGGCACUUGUUUUUUACUUUAUCAAGAGUGCCGCGCACCGAGUGAUCCGUGCAUGCGUAGCCUUGGACGUACCCGCCCAUGUCCCACGUGUUUACUAUCGCAUUUUUUUGCAGAGAUCGACGAUCAAGAGAUAAUAGAGCUAGUUCCGAAUAUAAUCUUAAAUCCCGGCUUUGAGGGAAGCCUUCGCACAGAACACUCGCACGCGGACGAAAAUUCCAAUAGUGAAACUAUGAUACGAUUUAACAACAAUACAGUUAUUCAACCGAGGAAUGUGUAGCACUCACUUUUCUUUUUGUUAGUUCGCUUCGGUUAGAUUGAGUUGACGUUUUAUGUAAGUUAAGGAGAGGAUUGAUAAUUUACGACCUGGUGAUAAAAUUUUCUAGUCAUUUCGCUUUCAUUCUCAUAUCAAACUGUUGAGUGAACGUAGGGUUUUAGUAACUUAGAGUUAAAUAUGUCAUGCUUCCAUUUUAUUAAAUUUGACAUGAAUCGUGCACGAUCAUCUACGAUGAUGAACAUUCCAGAUUCAACGACGACAAAAGAGAGUGAUAUUAUUUUUGCAGUAUUUACCUCCUCGAUUUACGAUUUGUAAGUCGAAAGUCGCAAGUUGUGAGUUAAUAAUUUCAAGAGUUGUGCUAACGCGUUGUGUUCUCGAUAACGGAAGAGAGAAAAAAGAGAUAUAACUAUUUUGAGAAUGUUGAAUAAUUUUAUUGUGCCUAAUAUUAAGUAGAUUAGCAUUUAUAAAUUAGGCAUCAUUAGCUCAAUUUUUAGACGACAAUUUAAAGAAAAAAAAGAUACCAGACAAAGUGCUCGCUUGUUUGAUGCGAUAUAGUAAUAAUUGCACUCGGGACUGCAAAUUAAACUUUAUGUUGUGAAAGUUUCAGUGCCUAAUAUAGUAUUAGUAAUAAUGAGCACGUGUAAUAAUAUUUAUAACACAGACUGACAUCAUUUUCUUAAAUUAGGAACUAUGUGGCCUCUGCGGACGUUUUAAGGUAUUCUGUAAUUGCACGAUUAGGAGCAGAACACGACCCUACUUUUACAUUUUUGUGCUGUCUAACUGCCACUUCAUUUUUGUAAUCGCUCGGUGUUUCUCAACGUGGCCCGAUGGAUCCCCUUGGGGGGGGGGGACGAAAUUGAGUUAUGUAAAAUGGUCCUCUACGUUCACAUGAGGAGAAGGCACUUGGAAAUGGUCCAGUGUUGAGAUCCACUGCUUUAACCGAUGGUUGUACUCUGGGGUUGUAACACAAGUGCAUGACACACUUGAUUGUAAUCACAAGUUUUGAUGUAAACUAUUUUGAAGCAUACUCACGGGACGCCCCGCCUUUAUGGUGUUAAACUACAAGCGCAGGUCGUCUCGUAUUAUCGUGCUUGAUAUUGUGUUGUUAUUGCGAUUUUAUACAAAUAUCAAAUAUAUAUAUUAUAUAACGAUUUGGAUGUGUAACAAUAAUUUUUAUACAUGCAUAUACAUGUCUGUAAUCGUUUUGAAUGUUGAAACCGCGUUACUUUCUUCGCCAAGCUUCAAUUUUUGACUAAGUACAAACUUUGUGUAGUUCUUCCACUUUUAAUCGAUCUCUAGUUUGUAUAUAUAAUAAUUUUAGGCGCUUUUACUGCAUCAGUUAGAGGCAUAUCCUAUUUUUUAAAUUAACAUUUCGACCUCGUAACGCGUUACCUGUAGUUGAAGUGCAAGCAACUGGUAUUUAUUAUAAUUCAUUCACGUUGGCAAUCUAUUUAUAACUUUUGAUUAGUGUAAUAAAAAAAUUAUGUUUU